CGUCAUUUGAGAUCGGGCAAGCGAGAUGGAGGUCGAGAAGGAAGUGGCGCAGCUCGCGAUCGAGAUCCGCCGGCUGGGCCGCGACGAGACGGCGGCCGACGGCAGCGUGGCCUUCGGCGUCACCUUUGGCGAGCUCUUUGACGACGAGCGCUGCGUUGACCUCUUUGAGGCGCUCAUGGGCACGCUCCGCGCCGCCAAGCGCAAAAAGGUCAUCGACUACCCAGGCCAACUCCUCCUCAAGGGCGUCAACGACAAGGUCUUCAUCAAGUUGCUUUAAGAAGACGACGAAUACGAUCAUUGCAUGCAUGGAAGAUUGACUAUUGCUGUUUGCACUCGGA